AUGGAUCCUUUCAUCCUUCAAGAUGAAGGUGUGCGAGAUCGCAUUCGCCAGGCCGAAGAAUUCUUAGAUCCCAACGAUCCUCAUGCUCGCAGCUACAGAUCGGAAAUCAUAUUGAUGCUGCAGAAGAACCAACGACGUUUGACUGUCAACCUCGACCAUGUGCGAAAUCACAGCCCUGAACUUGCUCAAGGUGUCCUUUUUGAGCCUUUCGACUACACCAUGGCCUUCGAUCAUGCGUUGAAAAAGAUUGUCGAGACCAUCCCUCAAGCACGCCCUGACCAGACAGCACGAGACACAAUGUAUUAUUGUGCUUGGGCAGGAAGCUUUGGUCUCAACUCCUGCAAUCCUCGCACGCUCUCUUCUCAGCAUCUCAACUACAUGGUGUCCAUUGAGGGAAUCGUCACAAGAUGCUCCCUUAUCCGCCCUAAGGUGGUGAAGAGCGUUCACUAUAACGAGAAGAAGGACAAAUUUCACUUUCGCGAAUACCAGGAUCAGACAAUGACGAACGGCGUCACUACCUCCAGUGUCUACCCCCGAGAAGACGACGAGGGCAAUCCCUUAACCACUGAAUACGGUUUCUGCACCUACCGGGACCACCAGACUAUCUCGAUUCAAGAAAUGCCCGAGCGAGCACCGGCUGGACAGUUGCCACGUGGUGUAGAUGUUGUCCUCGACGAUGACCUUGUCGACAAGGUGAAGCCCGGUGACCGAAUCCAACUUGUGGGGAUUUACCGCACCCUUGGAAACAGAAACACAAGUCACAACAGCGCCUUGUUCAAAACGGUCAUCCUUGCGAACAAUAUCGUCCUUCUCUCAUCAAAAUCAGGCGGCGGUAUUGCUACGGCCACGAUCACGGACGUUGACAUCCGAAACAUCAACAAGAUAGCCAAAAAGAAGAACCUCCUUGAUCUAUUGUCGCAGUCACUAGCCCCAAGCAUUUACGGCCACGACUAUGUCAAGAGGGCUAUUCUUCUCAUGCUCUUGGGUGGUAUGGAAAAAAACCUUGAUAAUGGAACCCACCUGCGUGGCGACAUCAAUAUUCUCAUGGUCGGCGACCCAUCUACUGCGAAGUCUCAACUUCUACGAUUUGUGCUUAACACCGCUCCGCUAGCGAUCGCAACAACCGGGCGUGGCUCCUCUGGUGUUGGAUUGACUGCUGCCGUCACCUCGGAUAAAGAAACAGGAGAACGACGUCUCGAGGCCGGUGCCAUGGUGAUGGCAGACCGCGGAAUCGUUUGUAUAGACGAAUUUGACAAGAUGUCCGACGUGGAUAGGGUCGCUAUUCACGAAGUUAUGGAACAGCAAACUGUCACGAUUGCCAAAGCUGGUAUUCACACCUCUUUGAAUGCCAGGUGCAGUGUUGUGGCUGCCGCCAAUCCAAUUUUCGGCCAAUAUGACCCCCAUAAGGAUCCCCACAAGAAUAUUGCACUACCGGACUCUCUCCUCUCCCGUUUCGAUCUUCUCUUCGUUGUCACGGAUGAUAUAGAGGAUACGCGAGAUCGUCAGAUUUCAGAACACGUUCUGCGAAUGCACCGAUACCGGCAGGCUGGUACGGAGGAAGGUGCUCCUGUGCGGGAACAGACAUCACAAUCUCUGGGUGUUUCAGCCAAUUCCCAAACCGACACCCCCGGCCCAACCGAAGUUUAUGAGAAGUUCGACGCCAUGCUCCACGCGGGUGUGACAGUCACAUCUGGUCGUGGCUCGAAUAAGAAACCAGAGAUCUUAAGUAUCCCCUUUAUGAAGAAGUACAUACAAUACUCCAAGACGAGAAUUCACCCUAUCCUAACUCCCGAGGCCUCGGAGCGAAUCACGGAGAUUUAUGUUGGUCUUCGAAAUGAUGAGAUGGAGGGCAAUCAGAGACGCACCAGCCCUCUAACUGUGCGUACGCUAGAGACACUUAUCCGACUUGCCACGGCACACGCCAAAUCGCGUCUGUCGAAUAGAGUGGAAGAACGGGAUGCUCUUGCAGCCGAAAGCAUCUUACGAUUUGCGCUCUUCAAGGAAGUUGUCGAGGAUAAGUCCCGUAAGAAGCGGAGAAAGACGCAAGCCCCUGAAUAUGCUUCUUCGAGCGAGGAGAGCGAUGAUGAUAACGAUAGCGACGACAACAAUGCAUCUCGCGCCCACAGUCGAAGCGAAGUAAACGCAUCGGUCCGUUCGACACGUGCCACAACUCGCUCGCAAUUAGGGCCUUCGUCGUCCCUCAGAACGAAUGGGGCUAAUGAAGCCUUGGAACUCCCGGAUGAUGACAAUGAGGAUGCAAUGACUCCCCGUCGCACCUCCAGGCGAGCAAACGCCGCGUCUGACUCGCAAACUACUUUUCCUUCAUCGAUCCCAGCUUCUCAGCUGCCUAGCCAGACUCAAGAAGCCAUACAGGAUGAUGGCGGUAUUACAAGCGGCACUGCUGGCCUUGCUAUCGACGAUAGCCCCAUUGAACCUCAACGCUUGGCCACUUUUAGGACAGCGCUCGGUCAGCUAAUGAACACAACCCUGUUCGAGGAUGACUCGGCGCAUGUUGAUGCUGUUCUUGAAGCCGUCAAUAGCAAGGUUGGCCGUAGCAACGGCGGCCACUUCGAUAAGACUGAAGCUAUGAAAGCUCUGAAGAAGCUUCAGGAAGCCAAUCAUAUCAUGUUCGCGGAUGGCGAUGAUGAAUCUACGUUUGGCGUCAGGAAAUGGUCUUACUUUGUAUAUGAUGUAGAAGGCAUUAGGAGCUCAGGCAACGCUAUGUAA